AUGGCCGCUUCUGUAGACCCAUCCCUGCAAACACUCGUCGUGCUGGAAAUCCCCAAUACAACAAUCAGCCAAAUCUACGAAGGCGACACCCUCCCGCUCUCAGACAGGGCCACUCUACAAGUCUCCAUUUGCGACUCCUUCCUUCUCCUCAAAUCUGGCGAAGUGGAAGUCGUCUUGACGCCUGAAUCAGCAGUCUACAAGAAAGGUGCAUCAUCUUAUAUCGUUCCAUGGGAUGCUGUACCCGGUGCCAUUUUGGUGGUCGAGAUCCCUCAUGCGCAGCAAGAAGCGCGUGACUCACUCGAUACGUACUUGGUGGAUUUCACAUCCAUGCCAGCGCCUGAAGCAGGGCUCAAGAACAAACUUGCUUUAGUCAAUACGGAAACUGGAGAGAUUAUGGGUGAAGUGCCGAUUACCCCGGAAAACAUUGCAUCGCUUGAACAACAAAACACAGGUGGCUCGACGUCCAAGGAUCCAGUGGUGAUUGAUGUCAGUGACAAGACGGGAGACUUGCUCGUCUCUUCAGCACUCGCAGAUUCUACCAUCAUCAAGUACGCCAAUAGCGUUUCAUCAGGUCUCGUCUACGCCUCAGCAACUCUUGGCCGAGGUCUUAUUUCAGGCUCUGAAUGGAUCAAUAGCCGUACACAACCUGCUACAAAACCAGUUGAAUUCUCACCAACAACGAAAGCAAGUGCGCGCAAGAUACAUUCCAUGACGCAAGGCGUCGCCAAUGUCAGUAGUAAGACGGCGAAACAGAUUGAAGCACUCGGUGAGCGAUUCGGUGGAUCUGUACUGGGUGGCGGUGGUAAAAAGAAUAAGAAGCAGCAGGAGAAACUCGGUCCCGAUGGUCUCCCUGCGUAUGAUGAUGGCAAGAAGAAGAAGGGAAAGCCAGGAUGGUUGGUACACAGUGCUAUGGGCGUAAUUAGCGUCUUGGACGCAGCAGACACCGCUGCACGCUCUCUUUUACGCGAUGCAUCAACGUCUGCCUCGAGCGUCAUUUCGCAUCGUUAUGGCGACGAAGCAGGCAAUCUCAGUGCAACAUAUGGAAAGAGCGUGGAACACUGCGCACUCGUCUUUUUCGACGUCAAGGGAAUUGGUAGGAAGGCACUCAUCAAGAGCACGCUGAAGGGUGGUAUCAAGGCGCGUAUGUCAGAUGGUACGGAAGUGGUGUUGCAGAAUCAUGUGGAUGAGAAGCCAGCAGAUGGUGCGACGAGUUCGGCGGGUGUGUUGGGAGCUGGUGCUGGUUCAUCUACUGCUGGACCAUCGCAAAGUGGGCCUCCAGGCUAUUCUGAUGCGUCUGGUGCAGGAGCACGAGUACACGCCUUCUUCGAGCCAUGCGAUGUAGGGCUUCCUUGUCGACGGUCCCAAGAUCGUGAGACAAACUUGGACAUCUCGCGGCUCCACUUCGAAUGUACUGUACAUGUAAACACUGUAGAGCGACAACCCUCGCUUGUGUCUAGACCAUCGGGUGUGAAGAGCUCCUGCAGACUCGUCAACAUGUCAUCCACCUCAGAAUCAUCUCUGGUGGCAUCGCUUGAAGAGAAGCCCAGCUUUGCAAUGGAUCAAAAUUCUACCCUUCAUGAUAUGACAGAGCCGAGUGUCACAAAGCCCGGGCGUGGUCAGGUGGAAAUACACCCAGAAGGAGACGUAUUCUUGGAGGUUGGAAAGACUGAUGCUGACGCAUACGCAUCAAGUCGAUUACAAGUAUCUUCAGCUUUGCUCAAGCAUCAUUCACGCAUGUUCCGGGCCAUGCUCUCGCCCUCUUUCGAGGAAGGCACUACCUUGACAGCUAAUGAUCAGAUCACAGUUACUCUCUCUGACGAUGAUCCGGCAAGUGUCGAACUUCUCUGUGCUGUGAUACACAGCAGAGGUGAUCUUGUUCCGCUUUCUGUUUCGCUUCAGGAAAUGAAAAGCAUUGCGCAAUUGGCAGACAAAUGGGAUAGUCAUGGAGCAUUGGUUUGGAUUGCCGAGCUAUGGAUGGCAACCUUGAUCAAAGAAAUGUCCUGCGAGACUGAUGAGGCCUUGCAGCUACUCAAAAUUGCAAAAGACUUCAAACUACAGAAUGCUUUCGCAAACGUCUGCAAACAUAUAUUUUUCAGCAUUCGCUUGAGUGUUGAUCUCACCUGGUCUGACUGGAGUGAUCACGAACUCAAAGAGUGUAUCGAUGAAUUGCGUUUCAGGCGCAAGGAGGCGCAUCUGCUCAUUCUCGAAGCCAUACAAACUCUCGUCGACAAGACUCACGGCUCAGACCCUCACACCUGCGGCCGUGGCUAUCAAGCUGCAGCAGUAUCUGUAGUGAGGCUGCUUCACACACAAUGCUUUUGCCCUGCCUCUGAACUCCGCGAGAGGUCGCUCGAAGAAUUGCGGGAGGCUUUACCAGAACUGAUGCCGGUGCAAGGAACGGCUUAUUUUCCGAAAGAGUGUCCGUGCAAGACAGUGUCAUGGUAUAAUGCAAAUUUGAGCUCGCAGCACAGGUCAGUCAGUCAGGCGCUCGAUCGCGCUUGGGAGCAGUUUGAGAAGGUCAAUACUGCGUGGACAAGGGACUGGUACACCAAAGGAUGACACCCAGCUCAUGAUUUUGCCAUCACGUCUAUCGAAAAGUGUUUUGCUACCAACAAAGCGCCAGAAUCUGCUUGAGGUGGCUUCUCCUUGUGCUUUGGAUGGAUUCCGCGUCUGUGGCUCCUGCAUUGCAGCAUAUCAAGUAGGACGAGAAUUGAGAUGUUGAACACAUGAAAUAGCAGUGGGUGUUUCUCUUUUCCCUUGUUUCUCGGCAGCAGCGUCCAAUUGGCCUUCCGUCCCUCGUAUGCUCUGCCUGCGGCCGCAUUUCGCUCAUUGGCAGACUGCAGCUGUAACGUCACCUU